CUGAAUGAUAAGAGUCUGGAACUAACGAGCAGCACGAGGGACUGUCUCUCUCUCACCACGAGUUUUAAAUACAUUUAUACGUUUUUAUCCUUAUUUAGCUUCAUAUUUUUCUUUUAAAUAUUUUUUUUUGUGUGGGAAGUUUAAUAUUUGGAUUUGCUCGGUCUUUUGGAAUUUUAAUAAACGAUUAUGGAGAAAUUGCUGUAUUUCGUUGUUUUUGCGGUGGCGUCCGUUUGUUUGGUCAAUGCCUCCUGUCCAGCUGUGUGUAAGUGUCCUCCAGGUCAGCCGGUGUGUCCAGCAGGUGUGAGCCUGGUGUCGGACAGCUGUAGCUGCUGUAGGGUGUGUGCAGCUCAGCUUAACCAAGACUGCAGCGCCCACAAGCCCUGCGAUCACCAUAAAGGACUGGAAUGUAAUUAUGGCAACGACGUGAUGUUCGGAAUUGGUGUCUGUCGAGCCAAACUGGAAGGCCGCACCUGUGAGUACAAUGGGCAAAUCUACCAGAAUGGCGAGAGCUUCCAGGUGGGCUGCAAACACCACUGUACCUGCAUCGAUGGAGCGGUGGGCUGCGCACCUCUCUGUACCACCAACCUGCCCGUGGCCUCACCUUCGUGCCCGUACCCUCGACUGGUGCGCAUCCCUGGGCAGUGCUGCUUCAGCGUAGACUGCCACAAAGGAGAGAUAGGACCAUUUGAGCCGAGAUGGAGACGAAAGCAGCACUGGACUAAUGGACGACUGGACAAGGGGGACAACAGUCUGUGGAAUGGGCUGUUGGAAAAGAAGAAAGGAUGGGAGGAUGAGCAGGGCUAUAAACACUUACCAGACUGGAGCCGGGUUCAGACGCAGUGUGUGGUCCAAACCACUGAUUGGUCGUCGUGUUCCAGCAGCUGUGGAAUGGGUGUGUCAUCGAGAAUAACCAACGAUAACGCUAAGUGCAAGCUGGAGAAGGAGACUCGCCUCUGCAACGUACGGCCCUGCGCCUCCCUGGCUUUUCCUCCUAAGAAAGGAAAGAAGUGUACACGCACUCACAAGUCUCCAGAACCCAUCCACCUGACCUACGCCGGCUGCCGUAGCAUUCGCACCUACCAGCCAAACUACUGCGGAGUGUGCACUGACGGACGGUGUUGCGUGCCACGGCAUACGCGCACCAUCUCAGUACCCUUCCAGUGCCCUGGAGGAGGACACAUAGACAAGGCCGUCAUGCUCAUCAGGUCCUGCAAGUGCGGACAGGACUGCGGGCACCUGAAUGAAGCAGCCAUGCCUCCGCAGAAGUGGCUGUACGGAGACACGCACAAGUUUAUCGACUAAGUUUGGGCUGUACUUUAUCAGCAGCAGGAGCUGCAGAGACUUCCGACAUGCCGCUUACUUAGUAUUGGCAUCAGCUGACUGAGAUUUAAUCUUUUUUUUUGUGACGAGAGUGCACAACGCAGUUGCACUGAGAACAUUUGUGGGAUUUGUGUGUUUUCAAGAAAGAAACAAUGCUGACUCCAACAUGUAGGGGUUCUGAUUAGUAGCAUUGACUGCCAGGCAGGUAGCUAACAAAAACAUAAGCCAUAUAUUUUGUUGCUAGCCUACCUGCUUAUAAAUUACACAAUUUGUAGAGGACAGGUAGGCCUUAUUUAUCCAGUGUCUUCUUUUUUCUGGUCUUCGUCUUUCUUUCUUUCCUAGUUUACUGAUGGAUAACAUUAACGCUUCAUGAUUUCUAAAGUUUCGUAUUUUGCCGACUGCUGUAAUCAUGAACCUGGCUGGCUGGCUGCUGUCAACAACUAGUGUGGGAGGAGCUUCUGAUUACAGUGUCAUUGGAUUUUUUCUACUUUAAACGUCACAGAAUUUAAAGGGGCGCUUACACAGUUUGUUGUCUGGGAGCCCCAGGCCAGCUCGAGGCCUGAGGCAAUUGAUUGGUUUGCUGGCCUUGAUGCAAAGGGCAUGGUGGAGGUUGACUGCAACAAGCCUGGGCCAGGUUUUUUCAUCAUUAUUAUUAUUUAACCAAAUAUGGGGUCUACAAAAACAUUUGUUGGUGUGGGACAAGGACAUUGGGAUCUAACGAUUGGCUAGCUGGAUCUUGCUAACGCUGCAGUAGGCUGGUAGAGAACAUGUUAACAAUGCAGUAGCGAUGUCUGUUGAGGUCGGUAGCUUCAGUGCUAAAUCUGCUGUGUUGAGGUGGGAUUCUGUCUGAAGCCUGUAACUGGCACACUUAAGCAGUGGUGGUGAUGUUGUAUGAAGCCUGUAGCCUGUGUGCUAGCCCUCCAGCGUGCUAAAGCCAUUGUAGCAAUGUGGGAUGAAGCUGGUUGCCAGCUAACAUGUGCUGGGAAGUGAUGUUAGACGAAGCCAGUAGCUGACAUACUAAUGCAACGAUACAAAGCCAGCGUGCUAAUGCUGCGAUAGUGAGGUUGGACAAAGCCUGAAGCCAGCGUGCUAAUGCUGCGAUAGUGAGGUUGGACAAAGCCUGAAUCCAAUGUGCUUAUGCUGUGGUAGUGAUGUUGGACAAAGCCUAAAGCCAGUGUGCUAAUGCUGCGGUAGUGAUGUUGGACAAAGCCUAAAGCCAACGUGCUAAUGCUGCGGUAGUGAUGUUGGACUAAGCCUAAAGCCAGCGUGCUAAUGCUGCGAUAGUGAUGUUGGACAAAACCUAAAGCCAGCGUGCUAAUGCUGCGAUAGUGAUGUUGGACAAAGCCUAAAGCCAGCGUGCUAAUGCUGCAGUAGUGAUACUGGACAAAGCCUGAAGCCAGUGUGCUAAUGCUGCGGUAGUGAUGUGUAUGAAGCCUGUAGCUGACAUACAAAUGCUGAGAUAGUGAAGUUAGACAAAGCCUGAAGCCAGCGUGCUAAUGCUGCGGUAGUGAUGUUGGACAAAGCCUAAAGCCAGCGUGCUAAUGCUGCAGUAGUGAUGUUGGACAAAGCCUGAAGCCAGCGUGCUAAUGCUGCGGUAGUGAUGUGUAUGAAGCCUGUAGCUGACAUAUAUAGUGAAGUUAGACAAAGCCUGAAGCCAGCAUGCUAAUGCAGCGUGCUACACAUCACAUAGUUCUCUUUCUCAAAGUUCUCCUUUUCGCAUUAAUUAUAAGUUCUCAGUUUCGCAAGAUAGCAUGAUAACAAGCUAACUCUGUGAAUUCAGAACAGGAAUGUGAGAUGGAACACAUCCAAAAACAGCAACUGUGUCACAAUUAUUACCAGACAUCACACUCUUUCUGGUCCUCAUUUAGCAACAUAGCAAAUAUAAAAAGAAAAUGGUCUAAACUGUCUAAUAGAAGAUACAACGUGGCCUUAGUAACUAUUUGGCCCUGCAUUGGAAACAUGGCCUCUACAGCCUAAGGGACAUCUUUGGACAUACGUGGAAAGUCUGCUUUCGUUUGCUUUGCAGCUUUGGCUGACAGUUCUGCUGAGGAUUCUACAGUGGAUAUGAAUAGACUUUUUGGUUUUAUGAUAGAUGUUCUGAAACUCUGACUUGCCAUGUGCCAAAUGUUCAUUAAAAACGGUUUGAAAGGA